AAAUUUCAAAGUGUAAUGUAAAAUGGGAAAGUCAGUUGUUCCGGUGGGAGUGGGGCUGUUGCCUGUUAUUGCUGCUCAACCAAAGUCUUCUGCGAUUGAAACGGACGAAAGCCAACAGAAAGUGACAACUUUUCUGACUCUUUAACCUUAGAUAUUUAUUCAUCUCUAAAAUUAAAAUAAUAAAUAAAAAAACCCCAUUUCCCAAUUACCAAAAUUUCCAAAACCAUCUGUUUUUCUCUUUCAUUUUCUUUGCUUUAAUGGCGUUUCUAUGUCAAAUUUUAGAAACCCAUUUUUCUCUUCCCACGAAAUAGGAAUAAAAAUAGCGACAAUGGUGGGAUGCGUUGCGAUGUGGCCGUAAAUUUUGCCUUGUUUUCUUCAAUUUAUUCAACUCUUUCAAGAUUGAGGAACCAUUGUUUCAACCCAUCUCUCCAAAGGAGUAACGACAACAAACAAGGCGUUGAAAGGCAUUCCCGCACCGAGAUGGGGUCGUUAGGCGAGAAAACUAUACUGGAAUUUGAAGAUGAGAGCCUUGUUAGUCCAGUAUCAUUAACUAGAAAGAACUUUUCGAUUGAGGGAUCUAUCCAUAGUUCUUCAUUGGGUGGUGGUUCGCAGAAACUUAGUUGCAGUAACAUGAAGAACAGGGUAUUUGGCAGCAUUAAGAUUGUCGUCUUCUCGGCUAAAAUAAACCUUCUGAUGCCUUUUGGCCCUCUAGCAAUAAUAGUCAGCACCUUGUCUGGUCACCAUGGUUGGGUCUUCCUCUUAAGCUUGUUGGGGAUCAUACCUCUUGCUGAGCGUUUGGGCUAUGCAACUGAACAACUGGCAUGCUAUACUGGAGCCACAGUUGGAGGUCUUCUGAAUGCUACUUUUGGAAAUGCCACAGAAUUGAUAAUAUCAAUAUAUGCAUUGCGAAGAGGAAUGAUACGUGUUGUUCAACAGUCAUUAUUAGGUUCAAUUUUGUCUAAUAUGUUAUUAGUACUUGGAUGUGCAUUCUUUGCUGGUGGAAUUGUGGUUUCUAAGAGAGAGCAGGUCUUUAGUAAGGCAGCUGCUACCGUGAAUUCUGGAUUGCUGUUAAUGGCGGUAAUGGGCCUUCUAUUUCCUGCUGUCCUUCGUUCCACACACACAGAGUUGCACUCUGGAAAGUCAGAGCUGGCUCUUUCAAGAUUUAGUAGCGGCAUUAUGUUGGUGGCAUAUGCUGCCUAUCUUGUUUUUCAGUUGAAAAGUGAUAAGAACUUAUAUCUCCCGGUUGAUGAGGUGGAUAAUGAAGGGAGUUCUGAUGAUGAAGAAGCUCCUGAGAUUUCUAUGUGGGAAUCAAUUGUUUGGCUGUCUAUAUUGACCAUAUGGAUCUCCGUCCUCUCCGAAUACUUGGUUAAUGCAAUCGAGGGGGCGUCGGUUGCAAUGAACAUACCUGUAGCAUUCAUCAGUGUUAUUCUGUUACCUAUUGUUGGGAAUGCUGCAGAGCAUGCAGGUGCCAUCAUGUUUGCCAUGAAAGAUAAGCUUGACAUUUCUUUGGGUGUCGCGAUAGGAUCAUCGACACAGAUAUCUAUGUUUGGGAUUCCCUUUUGUGUGGUCAUUGGUUGGAUCAUGGGAUGUCCUAUGGACUUGAAUUUUCAACUUUUUGAAACCGCCACGCUUUUCAUCACGGUCAUCGUCGUGGCCUUCAUGUUGCAGGAUGGAACUUCAAAUUACCUCAAAGGACUAAUGCUUAUUCUCUGCUACCUGAUAGUAGCUGCAAGUUUCUUUGUACAUAUUGAUCCAGCAUCAGUUGGAGACAAGACCCGAAAACCUGGUGUAUGAAAGGCAAGGGAUGACUCAAGGUAGUGAAUCUGCCUGCACUAGUACUCUCCAAAAGAUGGGAUCGACCAAAGCUCGAGGUUCACUCCAUUGCUGUAUAGUUCUGAAUUCAUUUCAGAAAUCAUUUUUCCAUGUUUCGUGACAACCAAUGGCAAUAGAUGUUUCCUUGAUUCUUCUAGUCAUUGGGGCUGAUCUUGUUUUAUCAUUGAAAGCUUUGGCAAAUACUCAGAAUUUAGCAACUAGGAAUGCUAGAUAUAUAUAUAUAAAAAAAAAAAAGUAUUACCGUAUUGAUUUAUUAUUCAUAGGGUAAUUUGUUGUUUUACCUUUUUGUUUCCUUUAAUUUGAAUAUUCAUGGGUUCCAUUCAGUUGAAAGUAGUGGAAGGUAUGAUAAAACGAGAGUUAGAAUGUGACAGAAUAUUUUGAAGUUGAUGAUGUUAAUGUUACAAUUAUUUUGUUUUUGAUA